GACGUUGCGGCCGAGGAGGAGGAGUUCCUGUUAAUCCAAACAUCGACGAAGCAGCAUCCAAAGCAAUUUAUUGAUAAGCGAUUUCUCUACACAGCACCGAUUUGAACAACAGCAUGGCUGCUCAGAAAAUAAACGAAGCUCAUGAGCACAUAGCUAAAGCUGAAAAAUGCUUAAAGACAAGUUUUACAAAGUGGAAGCCAGAUUUUGACAGUGCUGCAUCAGAAUACGCCAAAGCAGCUGUGUGCUUCAAGAACGCUAAGCAGUAUGAUCAAGCAAAGGACGCCUACCUGAAGGAAGCUGAAUAUCACACAGAAAACAAGACGCUUUUCCACGCUGCAAAGGCUAUCGAACAGGCAGGUAUGAUGAUGAAGGAGCAAAAGAAGAUGCCAGAGGCCAUCCAGUACAUAGAGAAAGCCUGCAUGAUGUACAUGGAGAAUGGGACUCCAGACACUGCUGCCAUGGCUCUGGACAGGGCUGGAAAACUGAUAGAGCCGAUAAACCUGGAGAAAGCUGUUGACUUGUAUCAGAAGGCAGCCGGUGUCUUUGAGAACGAGGACCGUCUGCGUCAGGCAGUUGAACUUCUGGGCAAAGCCUCCAGACUUCUGGUCAGGUUAAAAAGGCUGGAUGAAGCAGCAGUCGCACUGCAGAAAGAGAAGAACAUGUACAAAGAGAUCGAGAACUUUCCUAUGUGCUUCAAGAAAACAACGGCUCAAGUGCUGAUUCAUCUCCACAGAGGGGACUAUGUAGCAGCUGAUAAAUGUGUCAGAGAAAGUUACAGUCUACCCGGCUACAGUGGAAGCGAAGAUUGCGUUGCCAUGGAGACACUACUGCAGGGCUACGACGAGCAGGAUGAGGACCAGGUGUAUCGUGUGUGCAACUCACCUUUACUCAAAUACAUGGACAAUGACUACGCCAAGCUGGCCAUUUCCCUGAGGGUACCCGGAGGAGGAGGAAAGAAGAAGAAGGCCGCAGCUGCUCCACAAGGUGGCGCUAGUGGGGCGCCAGCUGCCGCCGAGGAAGAGGAUGAUUAUGAGGGAGGGCUGUGUUAGCCUUCGGUCUCCAGAGUGCCGACUCUACCCAUCUGCCGCUCCACUACUACACCCUCUGUGUGCAAGUUAAAAAAAAAACCUUGACAAACCCUUCCAGAUCUGAAGCCCAGAUGGGUGGCUGUUGUGCAAAAAAAAAAAAAAAAGGAAUAAAAAACAAAUUAAAACCCCAACAGUUACAGUAAAUGUUGCAGAAGAGUCGACCUACAUUUAAACAGCCUUUUUAAUUUGUUUCUUUGAGGUGGAUCCUCGGUGUAAUGAAAAAUAAUUCUUCAAUGUUCAAUAAUGUAUGAAAGCCUCCUGUUAUAUGUAAAUGUUCUAUUAUUUCUCGUCUCUGUGAAACUGUAAAUUUUGCUGUUAUUGUUUGUGGGUAGAGUCUAAGAAUGCUUAUAGGUAUAUUAAAAUCAGAAAUAAUCUUACAUGCUGUAUGUUUUAAAGAGUCGAUCGGUGUAUAGGUGUUCAUUUGUACAGAGUUAAUUUAUUCAGUAUUCAUGGCUGCAGCCUGUUGAAAACUGUUACUGGAACAAUAUGCAAUCAGUUUGUUAACGCAUGUGUUCGGUAUAUAAUGAUAUGUUGAAUCCAAAUCAAAGCUUUUGACUUGUGAAUAUUAAUGCUUAGAAAUGAUUGACACUAUUUUCCUCGACAUCAGCGCUUAUUCGAGACAAUUAUAAGAACAGUACAACUCCUGAUGACACAGCUUGUAGCCAGUUGUAGACUGUUUUUAUUUGUCUACCUCCAGGUGUGUGUGUGUUAUCUUGCACCUUCAAAAAAGACAGAAUAGUCAUGGCUAUAUCUUAAUUUUUAACACAGCACAAUCCUUUAAUUAAAGCCACUACGAUGAAAAAGGGACCAUGCAGUGAUUUUUUUUUUUCAGUGCAUCCCCCCCCUGAAAUGCUCAGAUUUGUGUGUUUGUGCUCAUUCUGUAAAUGUGAGAAGCCCACUAUUACAACAUGCCUAUUAAAAGUACUCUGAUACCACAGUUAGAACAUAACUAAAGGUGAUAAAGGGAUUGUUUACAUUUUUUUUUAUUAUUAUUUGUGCUGUUGCCCACUUCUUGUAUAUUCCUCAAAAGCAUAUCUCCAAAGUUUGCACAUCAAUAAACAUUUCUGUUGUGUGGCA